GCAGAGCGGGCGGAGCACCCCGGGCGCGGGCGCGGACGGCACGCGGGGCAUGAACCUGGAGGGCAGCGGCCGAGGCGCAGAGUUCGGCAUGAGCGCGGUGAGCUGCGGCAACGGGAAGCUCCGCCAGUGGCUGAUCGACCAGAUCGACAGCGGCAAGUACCCCGGGCUGGUGUGGGAGAACGAGGAGAAGAGCAUCUUCCGCAUCCCCUGGAAGCACGCGGGCAAGCAGGACUACAACCGCGAGGAGGACGCCGCGCUCUUCAAGGCUUGGGCGCUAUUUAAAGGAAAGUUCCGAGAAGGCAUCGACAAGCCGGACCCUCCUACCUGGAAGACUCGUUUACGAUGUGCUCUGAACAAGAGCAAUGACUUUGAGGAACUGGUUGAGCGGAGCCAGCUGGACAUCUCGGACCCGUACAAAGUGUACAGGAUUGUUCCUGAGGGAGCCAAAAAAGGAGCCAAGCAGCUCACCCUGGAGGACCCGCAGAUGUCCAUGAGCCACCCCUACACCAUGACAACGCCUUACCCCUCGCUCCCAGCCCAGGUUCACAACUACGUGAUGCCAUCCCUUGACCGAAGCUGGAGGGACUAUGUCCCAGAUCAGCCGCACCCGGAAAUCCCGUACCAAUGUCCCGUAACGUUCGGACCCCGCGGCCACCACUGGCAAGGCCCAGCUUGUGAAAAUGGUUGCCAGGUGACAGGAACCUUUUAUGCUUGUGCCCCACCUGAGUCCCAGGCUCCAGGAAUCCCCACAGAGCCAAGCAUAAGGUCUGCCGAAGCCUUGGCGCUCUCAGACUGCCGGCUGCACAUCUGCCUGUACUACCGGGAAAUCCUCGUGAAGGAGCUGACCACGUCCAGCCCCGAGGGCUGCCGGAUCUCCCAUGGACAUACUUACGACGCCAGCAACCUGGACCAGGUCCUGUUCCCCUACCCAGAGGACAAUGGCCAGAGGAAGAACAUUGAGAAGCUGCUGGGCCACCUGGAGAGGGGCGUGGUCCUCUGGAUGGCCCCCGACGGGCUCUACGCGAAAAGACUCUGCCAGAGCCGGAUCUACUGGGACGGGCCCCUGGCGCUGUGCAGCGACCGGCCCAACAAGCUGGAGAGAGACCAGACCUGCAAGCUCUUUGACACGCAGCAGUUUUUGUCAGAGUUGCAAGCGUUUGCUCACCACGGCCGCUCCCUGCCACGAUUCCAGGUGACUCUGUGCUUCGGAGAGGAGUUUCCAGACCCUCAGAGGCAAAGGAAGCUCAUCACAGCUCACGUAGAACCUCUGCUCGCCAGACAAUUAUAUUAUUUUGCUCAACAAAACAGUGGACAUUUCCUGAGGGGCUACGAUUUACCGGAACACAUCAGCAAUCCAGAAGAUUACCACAGAUCUAUCCGCCAUUCCUCCAUUCAAGAAUGAAAAAUGUCAAGAUGAGUGGUUUUCUUUUUCCUUUUUUUUUUCUAUUUUUAUUUUUUAUUUUAUUUUUUUGAUACAGGGUCUUGCACUGUCUCCCAGGCCGGAGUGCAGUGACACGAUCUCAGCUCACUGCGACCUCCGCCUCCCAGGUUCAAGAGACUCUCCUGCCUCAGCCUCCCUGGUAGCUGGGAUUAAGGUGUGAGCCACUGCACCCACCCAACACAGACGAUUUUCAUUGUAAAUAUUUGACUUUAGUGAAAGCAUCCAGUUGACUGCCCUCUUGCUGUUUUGAGGAACUCAGAAGUGAAGAUUUCAGUGCAGUAGCUGAGGAGAAUUGCUGCCAGACAACUGUGGAAAAUCAGUGACAUCUGAUUGGCAGAUGAGCUUAUUCCGAAAGGAAGGUGGCUUUGCACUUCUUGCGCUCUGUAGACUGCCAUCAUUGAUGAUCACUGUGAAAACUGACCCCGUGAUGUGUUUACAUUUGCUGAAAUGUGUUCUUUAAUUUGGUGUAGACUAGGUCUUGCUGGAGGACUGAGAACACUUGCCUUUCAGUGUUGACACUGACUGGAGCGAUGACUGCAGGCGAGUCUGUACCAUUUCUCAGGGAAGUAAGGUGUAAACGGAAGAAGCCUCACACAUAGAAGAAAUGUAUUAAUGUAUGUAGGAGCUGCAGUUCUUGUGGAGGACACUUGCGGAGUGAAGGAAAUGGAAUCUUUGACUGAAGUUGUGCCUGUAGCCUGGGGGAGGCCCCUUCCCCACCUGCCAGUGGUUUCCUGGUGUGGGCCCCUCUGCCCCGCCUUCCUUCCCACGGGCUUCUCUCCUUGGCCUUCCCUGGAAGUCAGUUAGUAAACUUACUAAUUUCUUGUGCCAAAAAA